CGCUGCCGCUGCCGCCACCGCCGCCUCAUCUCCCGCUUCCCAGGAGGGUGUUCGCCUCACGUCGGGCGGGGCUCUGGCCUUCCCCCUUUUUCCUACGCGCGCAGCCCCAGCCCAUCUUUAUCACUUCCGGUUUGUGUAUUUCCGGGUCGCCUCCGUCCCUCAGGGUACGGGUCUCGCUAGCCCCUCGGGUGACCGGAGCAGCGAAUGCCCCUGGCCCGGCUCCAGCUCCUUCACCUCCUGCACUCUCCCUACCACGGCCCGGGGCGGCAGCGGCCUCCUCAAAACCACAAUUGUCCAAGAAAGGUAAAAUGCCAGUGCCCUUUAAGAUUGCCAUGCCCCCAGGAGAAAAGCCAUGGAAGAGAUGAGGUAGCUGCUACCUGGGAAUGUUCUAGGAAAGCUGAUUUCAAUGGAUACAAAAUAUAAAGACGACUUAUUCAGGAAGUACGUGCAGUUUCAUGAGGCCAAAGUGGAUGCCUCCAGCGCUAAGCAGCGACCUGUCAAUGAUGAGUACCUCCGGGUGGCGGCCUCGGCCGUACUCAGUCUGCAUAAGAUCGAGCCCUUUUAUAGAUUCCGGCUGAUCAAAUUUUAUGAGGUGGUUGAGAGCUCCCUUCGCUCACUGAGGUCCUCUAACUUGCGGACUCUCCACAGCGCAUUCAACAUGCUGGAGACAGUGGGAAUCAACCUCUUCCUUUACCCUUGGAAGAAGGAAUUCAAAAGUAUUAAAACCUACACAGGACCUUUUGUUUAUUAUGUGAAAUCAACAUUACUGGAAGAAGACAUCAGAGUCAUCCUGAAUUACAUGGGCUAUGUCCAGGAUCUUGGAAGUGCAUACAGGCUCAAAGAACUGGUAGAAACUUUGCAGGUGAAAAUGGUCUCUUUUGAGCUUUUUUUGGCCAAAGUAGAAUGUGAGCAAUUGCUUGAGAUACACUCCCAGGUGAAGGACAAGGGUUACUCAGAGCUGGAUGUGGUGAAUGAGCGUAAACACAGCAGUGAAGAUGUGAGGGGCUGCUCAGAUGCCAUGAAGAGGCGGGUGGAGUGUAAGGAGAACCUCACUGCUUCUAUGGCACGGAUGGCCCUUCAGAAAUCAGCCAGUGAGAGAGCAGCAAAAGAUUACUUCAAGCCCAAAGUGAAUAAGCCUUCCAAGUCCAUGGACACUUAUGAUAAUUACUGGGAGAGUAAGAAGCCACCGCUGAUGACUUCGCUUAGCCUCAGGAAGGAGCCUGCAGUAGUAGAUGUGGAAGAUGACAUCAAAGAUGAAAUUAUUCGACCGUCUCCCUCUCUCCUGACCAUGUCCAGCUCCCCACGUGGCUGCUCUGAGGACUUUGUGCCCCUUUCUUCAAAUCCCAAUGGCAUGUUACGAACCAUCCCUCCUUAUAACACCUAUUUUUCCCCCCAAGAUGACCUAGACCUUUACACAGAUUCAGAUUCCAGGGGUACAUAUAGGAGACCAGAUUCUCUCAAGCCAGAUGUGUGGGUACUCCGAAAUGACUCCAAUCCCCUUUAUCAUAAGCGUACACAUCCCGCCAAAGAGACCACCUCUUCCAAGUGCCAAAGCUGUGGCCUCACAUGUGGCUCCUCACUCUGCCAGCGGUGUGAAACUGUACUCACAUGUCGGCAGGACUAUCCUGUCACCAAACAGAACAACUUCCCCAUAAAAUCAGGCCCCCAUGAAGGUUUAUCCCAUGGGGCUACUCUGAGGGAGAAGUCUCUGUACAUGGCACAGACUCAGGGCCCCGAAAGGGCAUCUCACCUCCACUCAAAAUCCAAGGCUACAGCUGCAUCUCGUUGUGGCUUUUGCAACCGGUCAGGGGCCUCUAACACAUGUGCAAUCUGUUCAAAAGUCUCAUGCGAUACCUGCCUCACUGCUUACCACUACGAUCCAUGCUGCAAAAAAAGUGAGCAACACAAAUUCAUGCCUAACAGUCAGCUCAACUAUAAGUCACCCCAGUUCUCCCAUUUUGUGUAUAGAUAGACUCGAACUCUUAUAUUCUGCACAAAGGGCUAAAACUAUACUUUGUGACUUCCUCGGUGAAGUCGUACGCUGACCUCGGAAGUGGAGCUAUGCUGACCUAUGGGGAAUGACAUUUCACCCCUCUGUUGUCGGUGUUUUUGUGUCCUCAUCCUUGCUAUACACACCUUGGGAUCCACACUGCUGUCAGAGCUUUCCAGCAGUGGAUGCUUUGUGAUUUGAUAAGGGGGAGAGGACCAACAAGGCUUCCUCUCCAGUUCGGCACUUGGACUUGCUAGUUCUCUUAUAUGCACCCCAUCCCCACCCCCACCCCCACUCCCGCUCAGUUUUGUUUUUUAAAGGCGUUUGAUACGUGAGGUUUUCAAACAACUCCCCAGCUACCCCACUGAUGAGCUGCAGUGGGCUGGGGAGGGACAGUCACAAAGAUUCAUGGAUCCCAUUCCAGGGACUAGUGAAAGGUUUUUGAAAGCAGAGCAUUCUUUCACAGCAGCAUCUCCUAGGAGUUCUACUGCUGCCCACAGAGGUUUAUCUCAAAGUGCUUCCUGAAAUAUCUAACCACCUCCCCUCACACACAAAGAUAAUGUUUUAAAUAAUCACCAAGAUCCCCGAGUGGGCUUUCUGGUGCCCCCUCAUAUUUGGCUCUCUGGUUUCAAAGUCUGAACAGAAGACAGUCAUGCUUGAUUUUUGUAGUACUGCCAAUAGCUUCCUCUAGUGUACUGUACAGUAUUAGUGGACUUGUUGACAUGACAUUUGCGUUGCAGCCAUCCAAAAGAGGCCUGAUUUUAAUUCCUUUCUGUUGCACACGUAUUGACUCUCUUCUUUGUACUGUAAAUAGGUGACUUGAAAAGUUUUAUUUUUUAAUAAAUAUAUUCCUUGUUGUGUGCUUAAAAGUAGUAACAAUCAUUAUCUGGCUAUUUAUAACUUCUCCCUGUUUUUUUUUGUUUGUUUUCAUCUUGGGGGGGUGGAAAUAGGGGCUCUUGUGUUGGUUUGGUUUACAUUUAGCUCUUAGCUUCCUAAUGUUCCCUGGAUGAAGCUGUUAGUAGUGGGAAGGAAUAUUGAAGAUGGGUUCCUUUUUUUUGAGUCAGUAGAGGUAACUAAGCUGUUGUCUUCCCUUUUAAAAAUGUAUAUACUGUGUACAUAUAGAUACCUACCUCCCAUUUGCACAUCCUGGGGGUUAGUGCAGACUUAGCAGUGAGGCUUUGCCCCUGUAGACUGUAGUACUACCCUCAUAAAUUUAGAGGCCACACUAAGGGCCUUCUCCUCAGGACUUCACUGUGUCCCUCUGGUCUCUAGCACAAAAGUUGGACCUGACCAUCCUAAUUGUCUAGGUCUUGUUUCUGAAGGAAAUGUAACUUAGUCAUUCCUUUUAAUUCACUCUCUCUCUGCCUCCCAUCCCCCCACAUAUCUUUAGUCUCAAUUUUCAAAAUGUGAGACAGUUUGAGAUAACUUUUCACUUAAAAUGGCCAGAAACUGAUUGCUUACUAGGUAUUUUUAUGUAUGCUUGGCCAGUCCUAAAACUCCCUCCAAUUGAAGGACACCUUUAACUCCUGACUCAUGCAAUGAAUGACCAACCAACUUACUUUUAAAUUUUGCUUUGAGGUGAGAAGGGAAUGGGGGAAAAGAAAUUCCAAAUAGCUUAUUUAUGGACAUGCAAAAUUACUUUAGCCAUAAGUCUGUCAAAUGUACAAAUCUUUUGGGACCUUACCAAAUGUAUUUCUAAGAGCAAAGCAAAAAAAGAGACAUUUGGAUUAAAAAGAAAAAGUGGGGGAGGGGGAACAAAUCUGAAUUUGGCUGGACGUGGUGGUCAUUGUUAACUUAUUGACCUCCAAGCUCGGCUGAAUGAUUUUUUUCCCAAUCAUUUGACUUUUUAAAAUCACUAUCUCUCUCUCUCUCUCUCUCUUUCUCUAUAUAUACAUAUGUACACACAUAUAUCUGAUAGAUGAUGUGUAGAUAACACUGUAUAUAAAGUUGAAUUUUAAAGAAUUUCACUACUGAGAUUAGCUACUUCAUUCUGGAGAGUCAUGCCUAUCCUAUUUCUGAGGUCUCUAGUUCUCUCAACCCACGUCCAGACUGCCUACUGCAAAUUUCCUAACAAACUGUGAAGCCACGUGACUUAGAUGGUGAACUUUAGCCCGGAUGACUGCAUUAAUAAAGUCUGGUAUAUAAUACAUAUUGUCAUGGAAAUACUGUUGUUCAAAACUACUGAAUUGCAAGUACUCUGACCUUCCACUCUACCAGUUUGUGUAUCUUAUUGUACCAGGUUGCUGUGAUUGAGACAGUAAAAGCAUAUCUGACUUUUAAA